AUGCAGAUGGUAGACAUACCUUCCAAUGAAGGACUGAUAGUCGAUGAUGAACCAAAUUACAUGUCAAUCGCCCUAUACUCCAAAGCAUCUACCAGGACCUUGAACAUUGAUCUUGACGAUUACUCUCCCUCACCUAAGAAAGAGUCUCAAGAACAUGAUGUUAAUCAAGAAGCUAAGUUCUCUUAUUUUCCACCACAUCCUCCUCACGACGAUGGUACUCCAGAAGAUACAGAUGAAACAAAUAUAUCUGAACCUAAGCCUGAACGUAUUAGACUAACUGCCCAGAUGACAACAGAUGCACAAGUGAAAAAACUUAAGAUCACCAUUGAAGACUUUAAUGGCACGACUACAUAUAUCAAGGGACAAGUUAUUCGUAACAUGCGGCAGAUAGAAACUCUUGAUCUGAAAAUUCAAAAUACCAUCGAAGAUCAUCUCUCUCUGAUGUAUCAGAAGAUUGAUGAUUUUCUUCAGUCGUUAUCAAAUCUAGAUUCAGUCUAUGAAGCUAAACUAGAUCAUCUGCAGAGUAAUAUCACUGCUCAAGACCGAUAUAUUGCCACUCUUGAAAAGUCAGUUGCAGAAUUCUCUAAAGCUUCAGAAUCAUCUUCCACUACUCCCUUUCAAGCAUUUAGAGAGAAAGUUCAAUGUUAG